AUGAAUCGUAUAUAUAGCGGAGGGCAGAAUAGUAACUACGAGUCUACUAUCGACCUCGUCCUUAUAUCGGAGAACCUAACAGACUUAAUUAUUAAGUAUACUAUACUCGGGACGGAAUACGGUUCGGACUACUACGCUAUUAAGACCGUAUUCGAUGCCCUAUGGUCGCCCCUAGAGUAUUAG